AUGUCUCCUCCUUAUCUGCCUUUCCUUGGUAAAGUCUUCCCUGUUGACUCCAUUCUUCACUUCACCCCUACUUUCCUGUAUCUACAACACUUUCUGAUUUAUAAAAAGAGAAGUUUACAUCAACCAUGUAUCAUUUUUAUGGAUGAAGUAGACGUUAUUGGUGGUCGUCGUUUUUCUGGGGGUACUUCAGCUGAUAGAGAGAUUCAGAGAACCUUAAUGGAGUUACUGAAUCAAAUGGAUGGAUUUGAUACUCUGCGUAGAGUUAAAAUGAUCAUGGCUACAAAUAGACCAGAAACACUGGAUCCUGCUUUGCUGCGUCCAGGAAGAUCAGAUAGGGAAAUACACAUUGAUUUACCAAAUGAACAAGCAAGAUUAGAUAUAUUGAAAAUCCAUGCAGGUCCCAUUACAAAACAUGGUGAAAUAGAUUAUGAAGCAAUUGUGAAGCUUUCAGAUGGCUUCAAUGGUGCAGACAUGAGAAACGUUUGCACUGAAGCAGGUAUGUUUGCAAUUCGUGCUGAUCAUGAUUUUGUAGUACAGGAGGACUUCAUGAAAGCAGUUAGAAACGUGGCUGGUUCUAAGAAGCUAGUGUCUAAACUGGACUACAAACCUGUAUCAUUUACUGUAAGAUUUUUGAUGACUGCAUGACAGACAUUGGCUUAAUGUAAAAAUAAAGUUAAGGAAAAUAAUGUAUGUAUUGGUAAUGAACUCAUUAAAAGUGUAUAAAUAAAAAAAUGUAUGAAUAACAUCAUUAAAAUUAGUAAUUCUGCUUUUAAGAUUGGUACAGAAGAAAUUUCUAUGUUAAUGUUGCAUUUAUUACAGCAGAAGCUAAAAAGGAAGAGUGUGUUGAAGCUUUUCAUAUUUGCUGUGUAUUUUGUAAAACAUUGAAAGAAAUGGUUUGGGAUAGUAGUACAAGAGAAUGUUUCUUAUGACUUAUUUUAUAUCAUUUGUUUUCUUCAUCCCAA